CUGUCCCCAGGCUCCACCCAUGAGUUGCUGAGCAUCAAAAAGAUCAGUGAGUUUUCCUCUCACCUUGGACUGUGACUUCAAUGGCUCUGGAGCCCUUGGUCUCUUCUUAGCCUGAUUCCCACCUGUCUCCAGCGUUCCCGGGAAGUAACAUGUGCUCCCAAAGGUUGAAGCCGUGUCUGGCUCUGGAACUUCUACUGCUGUUUCAUUUGGUCUUGCCAACCAGCACUCAAGGUCAUUCAGAACAUUGGGUGACUGCCAUCUCUGGCACCAACGUGAGUCUGCAAAUCUCCAAUUUGCCUGCUAAGUACAAACAACUCACCUGGUUUUACACCACCAGUCAGAAGAUUCUAGAAUGGGAGUCCAACCAGACUAUUCUCUUCAACUCUAAGUUUAAGGGCAGGGUCAGUCUUGGUCAAAGCCAUGAUCUGUGCAUCCAUAAUGUCCAGAAAGAGGACAGCAACACCUAUAUCCUCAGGGUGUUGACGGAGUCUGGGACAGAGAAGGAGUGGCAUAUCCCACUGGAGGUAUUCGAUCCUGUACCUAAACCUGAGAUAGAAAUCCAGAAGACACAGGAAGUGAACAAUAGAUGUCACCUGCAGCUCUCAUGCAGGAUCCCGAACCAGCUCAUAAACUAUACCUGGUAUAGGGACUCAGGGCCCUUUUCAACAGGGCUCCAGAAUUCUGUGCUUGAAAUCGUCGUUGAGCCAAAUAACUACUCCACGUUUUACACCUGCCAAGUCAGCAAUCCCGUGAGCAGCAAGAAUGACACUGUCUAUUUCACCUCACCUUGUAAACUGGGCAGAUCCUCUGCAGUAGCUUGGAUUGUGACAUGGCUAAUUAUCAUGGUACCCAUUGUUCCUGGCCUCCUCUGGACCUGAGACAAGCUCUUCUAACUCAAGACAGCUGGAUCUUGCUUUCAUCAGCAGCCAAGCUGUUAUCCAAGACAGGAGCUCUGACUACAUGGGAUGAUAGAAAGUGUGCUAUUGAAACAUCUACAAGGAUUUUCAAGUUAACUUUUUAAAAACUAUAGUAAUAUUUUAUUUUAUAUCUUCUACUUAUUUUCCAACAUACUUGCAUCGAUACUCCUAUAUUCUUCCCACCAAAACAUGUGACCACAUUAUGCAAUGUUUUCUUGUUUAAAUAAACGACGUGACCACCAAUGUCAAAUGGUCAGACCAUGUCUACUCCAUUGGCCUGAACAAAUGCAAUACAAAGGAGAAGAGCCUGGGACCAUAGGCUCCUAUGUGUUCGUGUGUCCGAGGUGUUAACUUGUGCUGUCUCUGACUCUUGCUCCCACAUCCAUGCCAAAUCUCCUGGGGUUCCAGCUCCUCCCCCCAAGUUCUGGCCUCCUUUCUGAGGAGCAUGCUCUUUAGGUUUCCUGGGAAUAUGGCGUUAGGCUUACCCCUCCAGAGUGAGCAGGAGUGAGCAUGCAGCUUUGCCACAUAAAAAGGGUCCCUUCCAAGCCUUUCCUGGGGAGCCGAGCACCGCCCCCUCCCUUUGCGAGCAACUCUUCAAGUCCUACCUAUGUCACAGGAUCUAAUAAAACCAACAAAUGAACAAAAUGUUCUCACUAGGGUCUUCCAUUACAGGAAGGUGGGAGCCCCCAUCCCAGGCCCAGCACUGACAGAACACCUGGGAUUUCUGCUGUGUCUUCAACUCCUCCAAGGUUUUCAUGGGCCUGGAGCUGAGAGGGCCUCUCAAGGAUGUGUUCCCCUUCAGGGAACAGUCCCACCACAGAUCACUUUUCCUCUACAUCAAACCAGCCUUCCCUGCCAUCCAGCCCUCCUCCAGCCAGAACAUGUCUUGUGCUCUCAUUUUCCUCUUGGGCUGUCCUGGUUAAUUUUAUGUGUCAACUUGACUGGGCCACAGAGGUGACCAGAUGUUUGACUGGUUUUGGUGUUUGACUCAACAUUAUUCUGUGUGGGUGUCUGUGAGGGUUUUCUGGAUAAGAUUAACAUUUGAAUCAGUAGCCUGAGUAAAGCAAAUUUUCUUCCCUAAUGUAUAUGGGCCUCAUCCAAUUAGGUGAAGGUAUGAAUAGGCUUACGUCCCAUAAGUACAGAAAAAUUCCCUCGACCUGACUGCUUUUGACCUGGGACAUUUGGAUUUUUUCCCUGCCUUCAGAUGUCAUCUGCAGUCCUGGUUCUCCAGUCUGAUGACUCAGACCUUGGGCCUUGUCAGCGUCCAUAAUUGCAUGAGCCAAUUCCUUAUAAUAGAUCUGCAUGUGUGUGUGUGUGUGUGUGUGUGUGUGUGUGUGUGUGUGUGUAGCUCUUGUUGGAGCUGGAGCUGGAGAAUCCCAAUACAUGGGCCAAAAGGAAAGCUACCUUUCUCAGCUCCCUUUCCAUUUUGCUGGGGCCAUGUGACUGGUUUUAGCCAACAGAAAAUGGAUGGAAUU